AUGGAGUACACCUCCGCCGCUGUUGUCUUGCUCGGGAUCAUCUGUUUGCUGGUGGUCCGUGCUGAAGAGCCAGUUGCAACCAGCCAAGUCAGCGAUCGUUCCAGGUACCAUCAGCAAGUAGAGUUCAUCAGCAACUACCUACUUCAGGCUGCCAACCUCUCUAUCAGUGCUGUCAAUACUUCAUCAGCUACCAACGACUCAUCAGUCAGAAUCCAGUCACCUUUUGUAGACAAAAAUGGAACAUCGACAAAAGACAAUAACACGACACCGAAUGAAAUCCAAGUGAUACCCGUUCCAGCUGCAGUGUCUUCUGCUAUUGACACACUUCCAGUCCAUCCUCGGAUACCGAGGAGAUCGUCAACAAGGAGGAGUAGAAACGAACACAGACACAGCAGAAGGGUGUUUCAAGGCCAACCUGUGAGAUUUCUCCUUCCUCCCUUCAAGAAUGAAAUAUUUGAAACAGUUUCGCUAACUACAACAUCUCCUCAGCCGACCAAUUCAAUAUUUACCACGACAGAAAAAGAAGUGAGUUCUACCACUCAGGUUGCCAACUAUGAACAGCUUGACGAGAAUAAAUUGGAACUGAAAGAGUUUAAACAAAACCCUGGACCGCAACAUAGAAGGGUGUUUAUUCCUCCACCCUUGAGGUAUUUACUGCCACCGUUCUUUUACGAAAAUUAUAUCAACGCACAAUCCUCCACCUCACCAACUGUCACACAAAAAUCGACAGAGGCUUUCACACUUUUAACGGAAGAUUAUUACUAUACAACAAAUUCAAGUGCAUAUAGUCAAAAUAUUAGUUAUGAAAGUUCCUCUUUAGCACCGAUCAUUGUUAUAGAAACAGCAUCACAGCCAGAUGAUACGCAAGACUGGAACUACCCUGAAGAGUAUUCUACUGCUCCAACAGAUCUAGCUUACAACGAACCUGAAAAAGAAACAGAGCUCAGAAGUUCACCGAACCCUGUGGUUCACCAUAUUCCAUCUAGCACUUUAGCACCUUUGAGGUAUCCUGAAUUUUUCUUUAAAAACCCUCAGCAGGAUGAUGACUAUAGUGAUAACAAUGAAAACAGGUGGUCGAGUCCAAAAUCAUCCUUGACAUCAAAACUGCCCCAGUAUUCUUCAACAACAGCAAUUCCUCAGACUAGUGAAUCGUCGGGAUUUGUGUUUGGUAGGUACAAAACUAAAAUUGACAAUUAUGCUUCUAGAUCAACAGCAUCUAUUUCAUCCACUACCUCCACAUCCACUCCAUAUCCUUUCUUGAGGGGACCAAAUAUAGAACAGGCGCUGUUUGAAACUGGAGAGUUUCAAGCUGUGAUUGAAUCAGCUGACCAGAAUCGCUCCUCUAAUGAAUCAGGAGACCCCACUCUAUCUAUGAUGGAUCGACCUCUUCUUGCACAAGAAGUGGCUCAAGCCGGUAUGAAAAUAACUGCACACAUGAAGAAAGCAAAAAUGAAUAGCAAUCUCAAAAGAGGAAAAUCUAAGUACCAUCAUCUUAAUCAGUUCAACUUUCAGACUGAGAGCGACUCAAGAGGUACUUCAAAGUCUUUACAGCUUGCAGUGGCAGAAUCAUCUUACUAUGAUGGCAGACGAGCGUCGAAACAGAUUGCAGAAGAAGCAGAUAUUCGAGCAAUCCCUGGCCGAGCAGGUAGGGAUUAUCCGACAUUCACUAAACCUCCUGCAUCAGACUUCUCAUGCAACUCUGUCAGUUACCAUCGUGGAUAUGUUGCAGACCCUUCAACUGGCUGUCAGGUGUUUUAUAUCUGUGUCGGUGAUGGCCCAGGGGAGCCAAUGCUGUGCCCUAACGGAACCAUCUUCAGCCAAGACUUCCUCGUCUGUGAUUGGUGGUACAAUGUCGACUGUCAUCGGCAAACAUGACCUAAGACUUGCAGUCACACCUUAUCAUGUUAGUGUAUUGAUUAGUUUGUGUUGUUGGAAGGCAGAAAUUAAUCAUUACACUUUCAAUUUUGGAGGAACAAUUGUUUUAAAGGUU